AUGGCUGCUCAAUUUGCCAGCUCCGAGCUCGGAGAUUGGUGUAUCGUCCAAGACGACUGUUUCGGUGUUUCGGUGGUCGACAUGCAGUGUCUUGACAUUCUACGAUGCAAGUUUGACCGUCGCACGAAGGCCACACAGAACGGGAGCCUGUUCAUUCGACCGGGAGGGAUGCCGGGAACAUCUGGUAGAGCCAAGUCUCGUGCUGAGACCGCUGGCCCCCCUCCAACCCAGCCAUGCGGAAAUCGACUGCCCAUCUCAACAGUCCUCGUUGCAGCUCGCCGUGGCCAGGCUAUGAGCUCUGCCACGCCAAGUCACCUCGCCGUUCUUGAAAAUUUCUCCCGUUGGACGAGGAGCGAGGAAAAGCAUGUGCUGGGUCAGACAGCCAGCCCAUGGCGAGGUAAGGCGAUCGAUCCACUGUCUCACCAGCCGACAAGCCGUUGA